CGAGGGGCUACACUUCCGGAAGCGGUUUUCAGUCUGUGGUGUGAUUGUUUUUAGUUUUUCAUUUUAUAUAAAGUAAUUUCGAACUAUAUUUUAUAUUUAAGCUUGAUUUCCUUAUAAGUACUCCCCCCUCACACACACACACCCACGCGUUUAAUAAACUAUUGCGCUUUAUGUUGCGGAAAAUUCCGCGUUUCCGGUAUUCUUAGACCUGUCAUCGACUCAAGUCUCCAGAGUGUGGGCUGUGAUUCUCCUCUGUCAGCAUGGAAAACACACCUUAGUGCACGCUGCUCCUCUAAAAACAGGAGCCGCCGUCUAAACCUGGGAUUAUGGAUUCCUCUACCAACAGUCUGGAUGAUGUGUCUGCUGACAGCAGUGCUGAAUUUCCAGACCGGGCAUCCAUGAUGGAGGUGCGUCUGCAGGCACAGGAGGACGAGAUCACACUCCUGAAAUCCUCUCUGGCUGACGCCCUGCGCAGGCUCCGCAUCCACGAUCAGGUCCUACAGUUACUGAAGCAGCAGGUCAUAGCAGUGAACCCGAGUGCUGCACGGCUGCUAAGCCAAGCAUGCUGCUCAGAUUGUUCCAGCAGCAGCAGAAAGUUGUCCUCCAGCUCAGCCAGCGAUGGGAUCCGGCACCCUGCUACGAGCCAACUGUCAGACACCACUGUGACCAAUGCAAACAGCUCGGCAUCCACGGACAUCCAAACCGUUCCAGCAACAGUGGACCAGUCGACCCAGACAGAGUCGACCCCGUCAUGCCAGGACUCGGGCCAGGACAGGGUCCCUCUCCACGGACGAGUCCAGAGCCUGCAAUUGGAAGAUGCACUCGUGGAAGGUCCUUCUGUAUCUGAGGGAAACCGGGCCAAACUCCACCGUGUCCCUGGUAUGGAAGAGGAGGAUGAGGAGCCAGAAGAUGAAGGAGGAGGAAGAGGGGAGCAGGAAAAGGACCUAACAUGGGCGUCGUCAGUUGAAGAGCCCAUUCAGCCCACCACCAUCAGAGGCCUCCAGAGGGAGGACCUCCUGGAUGGCAGCUGCUCUCCGGAGGAUCCAGGCUCAGCCUCGGCCUCAUUCAAAUCUUCAGACCAGAACCUCAGCUGCCGCUCUGGACCGCUGUCUCCCAUCCACGAAAGAGAGAAGGCUCUGGUUCGUAGAAACAGCGAGAAACUAGGGAACCCUGAAAGGCAGAGGAAACGUCUAGACAAGAAGGCAGCAUCUUCAGCAAACCUCCUCGCCCGCUCCCCAAGCCUGGAGAACCGAGCUAAAGAGCUUAUCGCCAGUGCAGGAUCCCCUGGCUCCAGAAGAGGAACCUACAGCCAAGGACAGUCAAUCAAAAUGUUUAUCCGAGGCCGACCCAUUACCAUGUACAUCCCCUCCAACAUCCAGAACUACGACGAGCUGAAGAUGGAACCUCCCUCUGAGAGACUGGAGCUGGACUGGGUCUAUGGUUACCGUGGACGGGACGGUCGAGCUAAUCUGUAUUUCCUCCCGACGGGCGAGGCAGUGUACUUCAUUGCCUGUGUGAUUGUGCUUUAUCACAUCAACAACCGCACACAACGGCACUAUCGUAAACACACAGACUGCGUCCGCUGUCUCACACUCCAUCCUGACAAAGUGCGAGUGGCAUCUGGCCAGACAGCAGGGGUGGAUAAAGAUGGCAAGCCUCUGCAGCUGUGUGUUUAUAUUUGGGACUCCACCACGCUGGUCACCCUGCAGCAGAUCGGACCGGGGACCUUCCAGAGGGGAGUGGGAUCAGUGGCAUUUUCAUUUGCUACUACCAACGAGGCCGUGUUUGCUGUAGAGUUUAACCCUCGGGACAGCACCAACAUCAUCACCUGUGGCAAAUCCCACGUCUACUUUUGGACGCUGAGUGGAGGACAGCUCACGAAAAAGCAAGGCAUCUUUGGAAAAUACAAGAAGCCCAAGUUCAUCCAGUGCUUUGUGUUCAGCCUGACUGGAGAUGUUCUCACCGGAGACUCUGAGGGGAACAUCAUGACUUGGGGAAAAUCUGCUGCAGAUAUCAAAACUCUCGGGAAAGGAGCCAAAGAAACCUACCAGAUCAUGCGACAGACCAAAGCACACGAAGGCAGCGUGUUCACCCUGUGCACUCUACAGGGCGGAGGCCUGCUCAGUGGAGGAGGGAAGGACCGUAAAAUAAUCCGCUGGAGCGCUGAUUUGGCACCUGAAAGAGAGUGUGAGAUUCCAGAAAAGUUCGGGGCGGUCCGCACUAUCGCAGCCAUGGACGAAGAGGAACUGUUAGUUGGUACGACUCGAAAUGCCAUCCUCAGAGGAACCUUCUCAGACGGCUUUGUGGCCAUAGUGCAGGGCCAUGUAGAUGAGACGCACAUAUUAAAAUACCUUAAGUCUGUUCUUUUCUCUGACUCUCCACCUGUCUCCUCCUCCACCCCCUGUAACACCGACAGGUGGAUGGUCCUUGACCUGCUGACCAGGGAGGUCGUUUCUGAAUCCACUGACGGGAAUGAGCAGCUGUCUGUCAUGAGAUAUUCACCAGAUGGCAGCUUCCUAGCUGUAGGAUCACAUGACAACUUCAUCUACAUCUACAGUGUGACAGAGAGUGGCAGGCGUUACACCCGCUUUGGAAAAUGUAACGGCCACUCCAGCUUCAUCACUCACCUGGACUGGUCCAAAGAUGGGAAGUACAUCAUGUCAAAUUCAGGCGACUAUGAGAUCCUUUACUGGGACAUAGCAGCAGGAUGUAAGCUGCUUAGGAACCGCUUUGAGAGCAAAGACAGAGAAUGGGCCUCUUAUACCUGUGUGCUAGGCUUCCAUGUGAUGGGUGUGUGGCUGGAAGGCUCUGACGGCACAGACAUCAACGCGCUGUGUCGCUCUCACAACGAGAAGAUGGUGGCUGUGGCUGAUGAUUUCUGUAAGGUUCAUCUGUUCCAGUACCCCUGUCCUAAACUCAAGGCACCGAGCCACAAGUACGAGGGCCACGGCAGCCACGUCACCAACGUCUGCUUCACUCACAGUGACUCUCACCUGCUCUCCAUUGGCGGGAAGGACACUUGCAUCCUUCAGUGGAAGGUGAUUGGAGGGGGGGUGGGUAACAGCCGUGAAAGACUGGCCUCGGCCUCAUCCACCUCUACCAGCUCUCCAGAACCUGCGACCAGCUAAGGAGACGGCUGCUUGUAAGAGUGAGGGAAAGCGGGCUGUUUUCUUACAGCCGCAGAGGCAUCGAAGUGAGUUAUGGGCUCGUUCUGUCCUCUGGACUGACACUGCUGCUAGUUUCAGGCAGAACAUCCUCUUCGGGAGGAACAUCCAUGUUAAUGUUAUGCUUCAAAUCCUUGUGAAACUGGACAGUGUGUGUGAUGUUUCCCAUAAGACAGAAUCCUUGUCAUUCUGUUGUGUAUGUGGUGAGAACCGUUCUUGUUUGCUGGUGCAGAACAGUGCUGCACUGCCCGUGCACGUGAUUUUAUACAUGUUUUAAACAAGGUUUGGUUAACAUCUCAACUUUUUAUAUGCUUAGACUGUGACAGGCCUGUCCCAUUAAAAUCAACUCAGCAUCUCGUAUUCAUUCAUUUGUCUAACAGUAGAUCAGUACACUUGAAAAUGAUUACUUUAGUGCAGUUUUUUAUGUAUUUAAAUGUACGUCGGCAAUACUGUGAUGUCGUAUCAGCUCAGCUCCAAAUAAAUGAGAGAAGACUCCGAGGUGUGUUGUGUGUGAAGUGUCACUAGUGGGCAGUGCCACUCCAGAACCUGUGAGUGCUUUCCUAAAUAACAGGUCUCAGGUGAGAACACCUAGGACUGAAGACGGCAGUAAAGUCUGCGGUGCCCUCCGGUUGGGAGGCAGUUAAAGGUCCAUGGUUUAAGGUGGAAAAUAUAAAAUUAAUUGAAUAAAAUGAAUUGAAUCAUUAA